AUGGCCCGCUCCAAGCUGCACUCUGCCGUUGCGGGCGGCGUCAAGGACUCCUGCAGCCUCCACCGCUGGGUCCUCCUCAAAAACUUUAUCGUCAACACUCACCCCGCCGAGCCUGCCCCGUCUCAACCAGACGCUGACGUACACCACGUAAAUAGAACCGACGACGAUGCGGCACGCGACGCAGUCGAGGAGGACGCCUUCAUGUUCCCGGACCCCCACACCCUUGCCGCCCGCAGCCCCAGCAGCGGAGACUGCGAAAAGCAGUGGCUAGACUCCCUCCUAGAGGACCUCGGCGACGAUGACGACGACGCGGACGUCGGAGUCUCGACCUCGGUCAUUCCCGUAGACGAUGACGACGAACCGCUGAGUCCGCUGUGUUCCCCCAUGUCCUCCUCGGACGACCUCCUCGUCGCACACGCGGGCAUGUUCUACCAACCUCCCCCUAUUGCCGUCCCCUACCCCGUUCCGUACCCACCACUGCACCCACCGCUCAUGCCGUCGUGGCUCCAGUUCGAGGACCCGCACGAGCUGGACGCGCUCCCCUACUACGACGCGAACUACGUGGACGAGCUCCCUGUACCCGACGCGAUCGAGGACACGUCGGACGACGAGUCGGACGCGCUCUCGACGCCGUACAGCCAGUCCAUGUCUUCGUUGUCCCCGGUCGAUCCGGCAUCCGUCCCAUUGCCACCAGAGCGCAGGCGGCUGCGCGGCGAUCCACACGUGUACGUGGGCCCGGAGGACCCGUACUUCUACCCCUUCGAACUGGACCCGCCCCUCCCGUUCCCCGACGACGACGGUUUCGAGACCGCGCACGGUUUCCGUCCCCCCAUCUACCAGGAGUGCUAG